CACCAUCUCUGUGUCUUCUCUCUCUCAAGAAAAAGUAUUCCGAUCGCCAUGGCCGUGGAGAAGAAGCGCCCAUUACAGAACAGCACCGUUGCCAAUGUCGACUCCGCUCCGGCGGGGCCGAAGAAAACAAUCGAAGAAAUGUACCAGAAGAAGACUCAGCUCGAGCACAUUCUCCUCAGACCGGAUACGUAUGUCGGAUCAAUUGAAAAGCACACUCAAAACCUCUGGGUUUACGAGAACGACAAGAUGGUGCACCGAUCCGUUACCUACGUUCCUGGCCUCUACAAGAUCUUCGAUGAAAUUUUAGUCAAUGCUGCAGAUAACAAGCAGAGAGACCCCUCGAUGGACUCGGUCAAGGUUGUGAUUGAUGUCGAACAGAACUGUAUCAGUGUGUUCAACAAUGGAGAUGGAGUUCCUGUGGAGAUUCAUCAGGAGGAGAAGGUUUAUGUGCCUGAAUUGAUCUUUGGCCAUCUGUUGACUAGUAGUAAUUAUGAUGACACUGUGAAGAAAACCACUGGUGGACGCAACGGCUACGGUGCAAAACUUACGAAUAUUUUUUCCACUGAGUUCGUCAUCGAGACCGCGGAUGGAAAACGCCAGAAGAAGUAUAAGCAGGUAUUCUGUGACAACAUGGGGAAAAAAUCCGAGCCUGUCAUAACGAAGUGCAAGGAGGGCGAUAAUUGGACCAAGGUGACUUUUAAGCCAGACUUGGCGAAGUUCAAUAUGACGCAUCUUGAAGAUGAUGUUGUUGCACUGAUGAAAAAGCGGGUGUUGGAUAUGGCCGGAUGCCUCGGCAAAACCGUGAAGGUUGAGCUGAAUGGACAAAGAGUCCCUGUUAAAUCAUUUCAAGAUUAUGUAGAUCUCUACCUCAAAUCGGCUUCCACAUUCCAGACAGAGCCCCCAAAAAGGUAUCACAUUAAGCCUAAUGAGAGAUGGGAAAUCGUGGUGACUUUAAGUGAGGGGCAGUUCCAGCAGGUCAGCUUUGUGAACAGUAUUGCAACUAUAAAGGGUGGGACUCAUGUUGAUUACAUCACUAAUCAGAUAGCAAAUUAUGUGAUGAAUGUUGUAAAUAAGAAGAACAAAAAUGCUAACGUGAAAGCCCACAACGUGAAGAGUUAUUUGUGGGUUUUUAUCAACGCUCUCAUUGAUAAUCCUGCCUUCGACUCCCAAACCAAGGAAACUUUGACAAUUCGUCAAAGCAGUUUCGGUUCUGGAUGCGAACUGACACCAGAGUUUUUGAAGAAUGUUGCCUCGAAAUCUGGAAUUAUGGACAGCGUUCUCUCGUGGGUUAAUUUCAAGCAAAGCAAAGACCUGAAGAAAACUGAUGGAGCAAAAACUGAAAAAAUCAGUGGUAUCGAAAAGUUGGAGGAUGCCAAUUGCGCUGGAGGGAGGAACUCGGAAAAAUGUACCUUGAUUUUGACAGAAGGAGAUUCAGCGAAGGCCCUUGCAAUGGCUGGGCUCGGUGUAGUGGGACGAGACUUCUAUGGCGUAUUCCCACUUAGAGGUAAAUUGCUGAAUGUGAGGGAAGCGAGUAGCAAACAGAUCACAGAGAAUAAAGAAAUUCAGUACAUUAAGCAGAUUCUUGGACUUCAACAAGGGAAGGAAUACAACAAUGUCAAGCCUUUGAGAUAUGGUCAUUUGAUGAUAAUGACCGAUCAGGAUCAUGAUGGUUCACAUAUUAAAGGACUCUUGAUCAACUUUAUUCAUUCUUUCUGGCCUUCCCUCCUAAGGGUACCGUCUUUCUUGGUUGAGUUCAUAACGCCAAUUGUCAAGGCUACUCAUAGGAAUGGAACUGUUUUAUCAUUCUAUACCAUGCCCGAGUACGAGUCCUGGAAAGAAAGCUUGAGGGGCAAUGCAAGUGGGUGGUCAAUCAAGUACUAUAAGGGGUUGGGAACAAGCACAUCAAAAGAAGGAAGAGAGUACUUUGAACAGCUGGGAAAGCACAAGAAAGAUUUUGUUUGGCAAGAUGACCAUGAUGGGGAGGCAAUUGAACUUGCAUUCAGUAAGAAGAAGAUUGAAGAGAGGAAGAAUUGGCUCCGCCAUUUUGAGCCUGGUACCCAUCUAGAUCAGACAGAAAAAUUGAUAAAAUACAGUGACUUUGUCAACAAGGAGCUUAUAUUAUUUUCAAUGGCUGAUUUACAAAGGUCUAUUCCUUCAGUGGUUGAUGGCCUCAAGCCUGGCCAGAGGAAGAUCCUUUUCUGUUCUUUCAAGAGGAACUUUAUCAAAGAAGCCAAAGUUUCUCAAUUUUCCGGUUAUGUAUCUGAGCAUUCUGCUUAUCAUCAUGGUGAGCAGAGUCUUGCUAGUACCAUCAUUGGAAUGGCACAGGACUUUGUCGGCAGCAACAACAUUAAUCUUCUUCUGCCAAAUGGACAGUUUGGGACCCGGAACCAUGGAGGCAAAGAUCAUGCGAGUUCUAGGUACAUUUACACUAAGCUUUCAAAUGUUACACGGUUUCUUUUCCCGAGAGACGAUGACAGGCUUCUUAACUACUUGAACGAAGACGGCCAGUCGAUUGAACCAACCUGGUAUAUGCCUAUCAUACCAACGGUUCUUGUCAACGGAAGUGAAGGAAUUGGAACUGGGUGGAGUUCGUACGUUCCAAAUUAUAAUCCUAGAGAUAUCAUUACAAAUGUAAAACGUUUAUUAGAUGGUGAAACGAUGAUGCCCAUGGAUCCCUGGUAUAAAGGUUUUUCAGGAAUUAUAGAGAAAACUGCUACCAAGGAAGGAGGUGUUAGUUACACUGUCAGUGGAAUUAUAGAGGAAGUCAGCGAUACAACGUUGAGAAUAACUGAACUGCCAGUCCGCCGGUGGACUAAUGAUUAUAAGGAAUUUCUUGAUUCUGUCACGAGAGUUGCAACAAAGAAUGACAAAGAAAAAGCAGCGAAAGAUCCUUUUAUUGAGCAAGCUGAUCACCACAGCGAUGACAAAACUGUAUCCAUCGAUGUCCACUUAACGGAGGAAAACAUGAUACUGGCCCUGCAGGAGGGUCUGAAGAAAAAAUUCAAAUUAACUACUACUGUCAGCACAAGCAACAUGCACCUGUUUGAUUCAAAUGGUGUGAUUAAGAAAUAUGACACCCCAGAACAAAUUCUUGAGGAAUUUUUUCCCCUUAGACUUGAAUAUUAUGAGAAAAGAAAGAUGAAUCUCUUGGAAAACCUUGAAAGGGAGUUGCUUCAACUGGAAAACAAGGUUAGGUUCAUCCUGGCUGUUGUGAAUGGAGAGAUAGUAGUGAGCAAUAGAAGAAGAGUUGAUUUAUUCCAUGAGCUUCAAGCGAAAGGCUUUACACCCUUUCCGAAGAAGACUAAAUCUGUUGAGCCGGAGGUUGCUGGGGCAUCUAAUGAAACUGAUGAAGCAGAGGAAAGCCCGGAGGCGAAAGGGGAGCGGGUUAGCGACUAUGGGUAUCUACUGGCACUGGCAAUUGGAACCUUGACCAUUGAGAAGGUUCAGGAGCUAUGUAACGACAGAGACGAGCUCAAAGGGGAAGUGGAAGAUCUGAGGAAAGCAACCCCCAAGUCUUUGUGGCUGAAAGAUCUUGAUACUCUUGAGAAGGAGCUUGAUGAAAUGGAUAGAAAUGAUGCUCAGGCAGAGGAGGUAAGAAAACAACAGAGAAUCAAAGCAAAUAACGAUGUAAAGCCAAAGAUCUCUAGGAAUGCUGCACCAAAAGCUCCACGUAACAGUAAGAAAACCAUCAAUUCAGAGACCAUCGCGGAAAGUAUGGACACAACAUCUAGUUCUACAACCAUGGAAGUUGCUAGUAACGCGGUGGUGAAGCCCAAAGGCAAAGCAGCUCCAAGAAAAGCUCCUGCUAAGAAGGGUAAAGUUGUCAACCAUAACGACGACGACGACGAUGAAGUGCUUGAGCUUAAAGAUCGUCUUGCAGCUUACAAAAUUGAUUCGUCUCCGGAUCGAUCAGAAGUUUCAGCCAUGGAAACUGAAGUGCCACAAGUAGGAGCGGCGGCCAAGAAGAAGGAACCCAGUAAGAGAGCACCUGCCAAGAAGAAAACUACUGCAAAGUCGGCUCAGAUUUCCGAUAACGACGACAGCGACGACGACGACUUUGAAAUAAAGGAGGUAGCCCCUCCGGCAGCCAAGAAGGGAGGAGGGAGAAAGGCUGCAAAUGCCAAAACCACGAAACCCCCGGCGGCAGCCAAGAAGCGAGAGGCGGCGGCGGGAAAGUUGGGGCAGAAGCUGAUAACUCAAAUGCUGGGGCCGACGCAGAACACCGGCAUCUCGCCGGAGAAGAAAGUGAGGAAGAUGAGAGCAUCUCCCUUCAACAAGAAAAGCGGCUCCAUCUUGGGAAGAGUUGGGGAAGAGGAAGAAGAAGAAGGAGAAGAAAAUGGAAAUGAAGGGAAGAUUAUGGGUUCUGCUUCUUCCGAGACGGCUGAAGAAUCCGCCGGAUUUCUGCCGGCCAGAGGAAGAUCACAGAGGGCAAAUAGAACUCAGGUGAAGUAUGUAAUCAGUGACUCAGAUAGUGACCCAGUUUAUGAGGGUGAUGAUAAAGAUGACGAUUUUGAUGAUGAAGAUUGAUGAAGAAACCUUCCUAGAGAACCUUUUUUGGCUUCUUGCCUCGUGGAGGGGUAGGUGUAUGUAUAACUGUAUUUGCAGUAUUAUGGGGGUUGCAAUUUAACCCAAAUGACCCAAAUUUGAGAAUUUAAAGACGGCUGUAUAUUUUAACCCAUUCUCUUUUUAAGUCUGGUAAGACGAAUGUAAAGGUUUACGAAUCUAAUGGAAGAAGAAUUUCAAA